AUGCAUACGCUAAAAGCUACGGCCUCCUCCUCGCUCUCCCUUGCGGAGGGCAGUUACAUCUACUCCCUUGAGGCGUCAUCUCCAGUUUCAUUUGCCACUAUUUCGUCCGAUAACUCUCUCCGCACCUUCGACGCUGCUAGUCUGAACCAUGUAUCUCUAGUGGCUACGGACAUCCACCAGGGAGUAACUUCAUUGAAGUCCUAUGAUGACAACCAGCAGUUACUGGCCACCGGGGGAAGAGAUGGAAAAGUGAAGCUCUGGGAUUUACGGACGGGCAAGAAAGCGGCCGUGGCUGGGAUGGAGACUUCAAACCAAGCCCCUGUUUUGUCCAUCGCUUGCUGCGCCGCAACUAACAGUCUGGUUGCUGGAACCGAGCUUAAGUCGUCCCAGGCGAUUGUUGCAUUCUGGGAUGUCAGAUCACCCGGCCAAUACUCACUCCAAUAUGUUGAGAGCCACAAUGACGACGUAACUGAGAACCUCCUGCUGUCCGGAAGCACGGACGGCCUCGUCAAUGUUUACAACACCACCAUCGCCGAUGAAGACGAUGCCCUGGUGCAAGUCAUCAACCAUGGCUCCGUGCACCACGCCGGCUUCCUUACCGAGCGGGCGAUCUACGCGCUCAGCCACGACGAGGUCUUCUCGAUCCACCCGGCCACGGACCCAGAUGAGCAGGCGCAGGAGCCCGAACCCGUCCAGUUUGGGAACUUGAGAGAACCGCUUGGCUGCGAGUACGUCGCUCAGCUGUGCAUUGGCAGUCAGGGUUCCUACGUCGCUGCUGGCAGUACGAGCCAACAACGCCUGGACUUGGUUCCUCUGUCGGCUAGCCCGUCAUGGCAGUUCAACCGGGAGAACCUGUGGCGUCUUCCGGGUGGUCACGGCGAGGAGAUUGUUCGUUCUGUGUAUUUGGAUGAGCAGUCCCAAUCGGUGUUUACCUGCGGUGAAGAUGGAUUCGUUCGUGUCUGGAAACCACAAGGCGAGGGAAUGGACAUGGAGGAUUCUUUGACUAAGACGUCACGACCUAAGGGAAAGAGGGGUAAGGACAGGGGACGGUUUAACCCGUAUUAG